AUUGUAGGAUUAGACAUAAAGAAUGUAAGAAUAAUUGAUUUUUUAAUUUGAAUUUUCAAUAACUUUUUUCUCAAAAAUUACGCGCUUCCGCAUAUUGUAACUUUGUGUGUGUGUUUAUAAUAGUGCUAUUUGACUAAUUUUGGAAAACCAUUUUAAAUGAUUCUUUAUUACGUAAUAAGCAUACUACAUUGAUAUUUCCGAGAGAUCUACUGUAUUAACAAUAAAAAUCAAAGUUAAAGUUUAAAUUUCCAAAACCGCGGCAAAAACGCUUAUUCUGUAAUUGCGCUGGUCAUAUUCCGUGUGACGUCACACACAAGUAAAAAGGUCAAUAACCCUAAUAAAACAGUGCAGCUGACGUGAAUUUUAUUAUUUUUCUUCAAAUUUAUUCGAUAAAAUGGUGUAUAAAUUGUGUGUAGUGCCACAAUGUACUAAUACGACUAUAAGUAGUCCACACAAACUGUUUGUUUCUGUUCCAACGAAUCCCAAAAGACGAAAAAUGUGGUUACGAUUAGCUCGAAGAGACCCAAAGAGCAUUUUAGCUCAUACCAAUGUUUUUAUGUGUGAAGAUCAUUUUAAUAUGGAAAAGGACACAAUUAACUACUUGAAGUACAAAAUGGGCUUCAGUCAGAAGAUACUUUUGGCAGAUGAGGCUGUGCCAACUAAAUUUCAUUGUCAAGAGGAUCGUAGAAGUCGGCUACCUGAUGCUGGACCUUCUCGAGAAGUUUUCUUUAAAAGGCAAAGAAUUGAUAUUGUCACAGAAUGUCUGCGAAGACAUAGUACUACAACCCAUACAGAAAGCUUACAAAAUGAUGAUAUGAUACAAGAAAUCAUUGAGCCUAAAGGUUAUGUUAUCUAUAUAAUACAAAUGUCAUAAGAUAUUUUUUCACAUUUAAAUGAGUUAUGUUUAUGUUAUUCACAUUUAAAUUAAGUAAUUAAUUUGGUUUUUUGUCUUUUCAGAAUUACCAAAAACUCAAGACAAAGAAACAAUCACCGACCCUAUCAUAACUGUAGAAAAAGCUGUUCAAGCAACAAAAAAAGUGAAUACGCAUUUUAGGAGCAAGGCUGUGCAAACUAGAUGCCAAAAUAAAAGUAUUUCUACCUCACCAUGGAAAGUUUCUACAAUAUCUCAUUUCACUUCACCAAUUAAUAUUAAACCAUGCCAUCUUCAACCAUUACAGUCAGAGGUUGUUAAAGCAGUUAAGAGAAAUAUUUUCCUUGUAGAUGAAAAAUCUGAUAGUGAUAUUUCUUGUUUUGAAAGUGGUCUUUUAUCACCUUUUGGAGCUACAUCAGUAAAGGUUACUGACUCUGAUAGUAAUGUUACAGAUACCAAUGAGAAUAUUGAAAAAUUACAGUGCCUCAAAAAUACUUUGCGUUUAAUUGAAAAGAAACCAUUGAUGUAUAUUGGUAUUUCCAAAGAAUGUUAUUUUUUAAUUGAGUUGUUGCAUAGACACACAAAUAUAAAUAGAGAACAUAUUUUGCUAUGCUUGAAAAAAAUUAGAUUAAACAGCACAUUUUCUGAACUCGAGGAUAAUUUUGGUAUAUCAUUAUCUUAUGCCAGUAAAUUAUUUUUAAGAAACUUACCAAUAAUAAGUAGUUUUUUAAAACCAUUCAUUGUAAACUUAGACAAAAAUUUAAUAAAAAGGAAUCUUCCUAUUGCAUUUAGACAUAACUAUCAUAAUGUAAGCUGCAUCAUCGAUUGUCUAGAAAUUGAUAUACAAAAACCAUCAAAGGCUCUUCAUCAGGCUCUGACAUGGUCAGAGUACAAAAAGGGGAAUACUGUGAAGUAUUUAAUAUCAUGCACACCUAAUGGUUUGGUUAAUUAUGUUUCUCAAGGGUUUGGGGGUAGAGCAAGUGAUGUUACCAUAGUAGAGAACUGUAACUUUCUAGAUGGAUUACAACAGGGAACUUGCAUCUUAGCUGACAGAGGCUUCAAGCACCUUGAACAGAUACUUCAUGAAAAGGGCAUAAAACUAUUAAGGCCACCCAGUGUAAAUGCUGGUGCAAAGUUAUCAAAAACUGAAGUUCGACAAACUAAAAUAAUCGCUAGCUUGCGAAUUCAUAUUGAAAGGGUAAUUAGGCGAGUAAGAGAAUUCCAUAUGCUAAAGCAACAUUCAGUGAUAAAUACUAACAUAUGUCGUGUACUUGAUCAUGUCAUUAUUAUUGCAUGUGCUCUAAUAAAUUUGCAGGAUUCUCUUAUUAAAUAAUGUGAAAUCAUAAAUAAUAAAACAAGAAAUACAUCAUGAUUUUUAUCGGCUGAUAUUGAAGCUAUAUUUGUUUUGCAAAAGAGAGCCAUACGGGCGAUUUAUAACCUAAAUUGUAAAGAGUCCCUCAGAGAAAAAUUUAAAGAAAUAAGCAUAUUAACUUUGGCAUCGCAAUAUAUUUAUGAGAAUGUAAUGUAUGUGCAUAAAAACAUAAAUAGCUUUAAUAAGAAUAAGGAUGUGCAUACUUUAAAUACUAGGAACAAACAUAAGCUUGUAAUGCCAGUAACUAGACUCCACAGAAUCAGUAAUUCAUUUAUGGGGCAAUGUAUACGCUUUUACAACAAAAUCCCAGAACAUAUUCAAAGUUUGUCAAUAAACAAGUUUAAAAGUUUUAUUAAAGAAAAACUGUACAAAAAGGGUUAUUAUAAUAUCAAGGAAUACAUGAAUGAAAAUAACCCCUGGGAAUAGGGUGAUCGCCACCAUGCUGGUUCUAUGAAAAAUCAUUUAAAAAUUGUAUAAAUAAGUUAUUUUUAAGUGAAAUUAUGUUUAAAAAAAAGUCCCGCUGGGUUUCUUGCUGGUUCUUCCCAGGACUGAGGUAUUUUCCGAACCAGUGGUAAAUAAAAAAUUACUUUCAAUAAGUAUUAUGUAAUAAUCAAUAUUGAAUAAAAAAUUAUUUUAUUCUAUUCUUAUUCUAUUUAAUCAUUAUCACUGAAAAGGAAAAACGGGCCUCCAUCGCCCGUCCUGCGGCAGAGAUCAACCAAUUAGUGUCCUAUUCACAGAUCCUAAUACCACACGACGUUGGGUUCCCUGACCCCUGAGUAGGUGUGCAACUCGGGGCAACAUAAAAAUUUUCAAAUAUUUAGCAAAAUAUAACAAUUUUACAAGCUAUUUUUAGAGUCAUAAAUCUUAAAUAUCUAUCACACACAUUCAAAACAAUGAUCUUUAUUAAUAAGCAUGAAUAUCUUAAUACAAUUGUUUAAUUCAAAAAUUAAAACUUUUAAGCAGU